UUCGCAGAAAAGAAAAUCAGGUUUCAUUGAUUUCAAUUUUCAAUGGAUCAAAUCAAGAAGAUGCGCGACGAUGUUCAUCUCGACGAGGGUCUCGUCGAGGAGAUCCUCGUCCGCCUGCCGGCCAAAUCCGUCCUCUGCUACCGCGCCGUCUGCAAGGAGUGGCUCCGCAUCACCAAAUGCCCGGCCUUCCUCGCCGAGCACGCGCGCCGCCGGCCGCUCGAGGUGCUCCUGUACACCCGAACGACCGCCGCCGUAGCAGACGGCGUCGGCCGGCAGGUGCUGGCCCUGGAUGCCGUCGCCGUCUCCGGUGGGCCGCGCCGCCCUGUCGCGCGCCACCCCUUGAUGGCCGAACCCCGGACCUACAGAAGUAUACAGUACUGCCCCCUGCUGGCCUCGUGCGACGGCCUCCUCCUGCUCGGCGUCGGCGGCGUCGAGCCUGAGCAGUACCUCAUCUGCAACCCUACGACGCGCCAGUGGAGCGACCUCCCGCGGCCGAGCGGCUACGCUGGACUGGAGGAGCACAGGGAGUCCGGCUUCUACUUCCACGAGCCCUCCGGCGAGUACCGGCUCCUCUACUAUGUCAGCAAGAGGCAUGGUACUACGGCGUACUACUGCGUGCUGUCGGUCGGCGCCAACGUGCCACGGAGGCUGGCCGUGCAAGCCACGCCCAUAGAGCACACCGUCGCGGUCGCCUCUCACGGCGGCCAUGAAUUCGGAAGCUUGCACAACCUGAUGACGCCGGCUGUUCUUCACGGCCACUUGCACUGGCUGCAGCACAUGGAGGCCGGGCUCUCCGGCCAGAUGGUGGCCUUCGACACCGUGGCCGAGACGUUCCGGCGGAUGCCUCCUCCGCCCGUGACCCAGAAGAAGAACUCCAACCUGCUCGCCGCCGACGGGUCGCUCAUGGCGUGUGAGCCGGGCCAUCUCUUCAUCGACCUCUGGGCGCUCGAUGGCUACGCUGGCGCCGCCGCCACGGGAAAGGAGAGGUGGGAGCGGCGGCACCGCAUCGAGGUGCCGUGGAAAGCCUACACACUGGUUCUCACCGCAGGUGACGACGAAGGGCAUGUUGUCGUCGGCACGAAACUCGGCGUGCUGGCCUACAACGUGAGGAGCGGUGCGGUCAGACUGCUCACCGGCGUCGACGCUUCAGGAGGCCCCCAAGCUGUAGAUCCGUCGCGGCAUGUGUUGAGGGAGAGCCUAGUGCGGCACGACUUCUUCGAGAGGCGGCCGCAUCCUGGCUUGCCGUUCUUCAGCUUCUGUACAUGAGGGAGGGCGUUGGAGGCGCCAAAUUUUCAUUCAGCUCAUAAACAGUUUACAUCAUGCCAUACAAUACCCAGAGGUUGAAAGAUAGAAAGAGAGGAAGCUACAGGACACGUAUGAAGAUUUAAGUGAGCUGAAUUUGAACAACUAAAGAUGGGCAUAGACUGAUCCUGUCUAAUUGCCUGUUGAGCACAAUCGUGAGCGAUUCCAUUAAGAUCUCUUUUGAUAUGAUAUACUUCCGCUUCUAUUUGUUUUGAUGCCUUCUGGUACUCCGAGAUCUGAUUUCUUAAGUCCCAAGGAACUUGAUUAUCAGUGAUCGUAGUUGCUGUCGCUGCCUUUGCUAGAGUUAAAUUAUCUGUCAAAAAUGUGGCUCCAUGAACAUUCAGCUUGACAGCAAUUUGGGAGGCAAGGACUAGACUCAUUGCUUCAGCAAGAAGAGGAGAAGACACUGCCGUUGUAGUGGAAGCUUGAAUGAGAAUUUUUUCCUGGAUUCCAUUCCUCUGAAGAUGACAGAAUAUGCCAAUCCCAGUGGUAAUCAAGUCCUGUGAACCUAGAGAUUUCUUUGUUUUCCAGGCCGCAUCCGAGUAAAUCUUCUAUCAUUUUUUAAAGAUUGACCUUGAGUCAUCACUUGAUUACCCUGGGUUGUAGCUGAGUUGUUGUAUCCUCCUCCUAUUCCUGAUGCAUCAUCCCUGUCAAGUAUUUCCUGCACAACAUUGAUUGUUUCUAAAUUCUUAUUAAUAGCAUUAGUCAUGUGAAUAAUCUGGGAUGGCUGAUUCUCUUUUUUAUUAAAAAGACAGUCAUUUCUAUUUUUCCAAAUACACCAAAGAACGGUAAGAAUGUUUUCUAUGGAUCCGAAAGGAUGAUUCAUAUUGAUCAGAUUCAGUAUGACUUGAGAUAGAGAGCUAUUAGGCUGUAAAAUUUGAUCAGUUUUAAUAUACCAAGGAUUAGAGAACCAGGCCGCUCUAGCAAAAGGACAUAAGAAACAGAGAUGAUUGUCAUUCUCUUCGUUUCCACACCUGCAACAAAGU